AUUGAUGGGGCUAAUUCGAGAAACUUCCAACCCCCUUUCCACACGUCACCGAGCGGAUUCCUUAAAGUCUGUGGGCCGUAUAUAAUGGCACACUUCACAGCACCGAGAAGCUUACAGAGCAGGAAGAUACAGUCACCAAUGGUACAAAUGGCUACGAACGACCCUCUGCCUCCGGGAUGGGAAAUUAAAAUUGAUCCUCAUACUGGAUGGCCUUUUUUUGUUGAUCACAACAAUCGAAUAACCACUUGGAAUGACCCAAGACACGACAGUAAAAAGGAGAGCCAGACCUCGAAUGGACCCUGUGAAGCUCCUGCUCAGGAACCUCUGAAGAACUAUGUGCGGGAGAUGAAGUACCCCACGCUGCGCCAGGGGUACAUCCCCAUUCCUGUUACCCAUGACAACCUGGACCUGUGGCAGCAGCACCACCCUGGCUAUCCCUUUGCUCAGCCAGCUCCCAUACAGAGGAUUCGGGCUGAAGGAAGAACCCCCUCUCCCACACCAACCCACCCCUCCCGGCCCAGGUCCCCUGUUAGGAUGUCUCCAGAGGGGUGUUUGACUGACGCUCACAGUGGUUUGGGCAUGUCUUCUUCACCUGUAUCACAAGCACCUGAGAUCUCUUCCUUUGGGAUGAGUUGCCAUCCAGCUCCGGUUCAGUCUGUGCAGCUGCAGCCCGGCUACAUACCCAUCCCAGUGAUCCAUGAAGGAGCAGGGGGCCACACUCAGGCCCCGCCAAACCCCAGCCUGCACCCCCAACGUUUCGCCCAAACUGAGCCCACCCAUCACCGUCUACAGCCGGAGGAACGGACCCAACAGCCCAGACCUGUCCAGCCUCCCCACGAGAGAGCUAAUCGUAACGCCUCCCCCAUCCUCAUCCCCUCCCACCUUAGGUCACAGUCACCAAUCAGAGCUCAGGUCAUGGGAGAGCGACCUCCGGUUCAACAGUAUGCGCAGCUGGAAGCCACCAGUCCAGAAGCCCCAGCCGAGGAGAAGAGUAGCCCAUCCCAAAAACAGACUCCCCAAUACCCCCACACACAAACCACCCAGUUCCCCCAAACUCAGACCCCCCAGGCCCAGACCUCCCAGUACCCCCAAACACCUACCACCCAAUUCCCCCAGGCCCAGACCCCCCAAUUUUCCCAAACUCAGACACCCCAGUACCCCCAAACACAGACCCCCAAUUCCCCCAAGCCCAGACCCCCCAAUUUCCCCAGGCCCAGACCUCCCAAUUUCCCCAGGCCCAGACACCCCAAUUUCCACAGGCUCAGACCCCCCAGUACUCCCAGGCCCAGACCCCCCAGUACCCCCAGGUCCAGACCCCCAGUACCCCCAGACCCAGACCCCCAGUACCCCCAGGCCCAGAUCCCCAGCACCCCCAGGCCCAGAUCCCCCAGCACCCCCAGGCCCAGACCACCCAGUACCCCCAGACCCAGACCCCCAGCACCCCCAGGCAGACCCCCAGUACCCCCAGACCCAGACCCCCAGUACCCCCAGGCCCAGACCCCCAAUUUCCCCAGGCCCAGACCCCCAGUACCCCCAGACCCAGACCCCCAAUUUCCCCAGGCCCAGACCCCUCAAUCUCCCCAAACUCAGACCCCCCAGUUCCCUCAGGCUCAGACCGCCCAGUACCCUCAAACUCCGACUUCCCAGUUCCCCCAGGCUGUGCACAGAGAUUCUGAUUUGCGACAGCCACCUGAGAGACCAGACAAGGCAGAGGUCAAAGGUCAUAUCCCUGAGAAAGCUGACCUGCCAAAAGCUACGUCUGCUCAACCGGAAGUAACACCUGAGAAAGCAGAGGAGGCUCAUCCCGGCCUGGCCAAGGUACAGAAGAUUGUGGAGAGGGUUCAGAGACUGGAGCAGGAAGUCAAAUGCUUUGAUGGAAAGAAGAAUGACAAGCGCUAUUUGAUUUUGGAAGAGCUUCUGAUGAAAGAACUGCUAGCGCUGGACUCUGUUGACCCAGAGGGCAGGGCAGAUGUGCGGCAGGCCAGGCGGGAUGGUGUUCGCAGAGUUCAGAACAUUCUAGAAGGACUAGAGGCCAUUGGGGAAGAGCCUGAGCCGCCUGUCUCUGAGAACAUUAUGCAAGGAACUGAGCCCCAACAGAUGUCCUAAACCACAAAACCUCGAGCUACCCAGCCUUCAUAUUAUUGCAUUUCCCAUGCAAAUGUUCAUGAACAUUGUGCUCAACCAUUUAUGAAGCAAGUGAUAACAGGAUUCAAUAAAGUGUUUGCCAUGGAGUGCCAUUUUGUAGAACCAUUGUGGUAGCCAGCGUGUCAUCACAAUGUUAAGCUACAAUGGGGCAUAUGCAUAAAAGGUGCAAAUCAUGACACUAAAGGAGACAGAAACUCAUACAGCCCUAUUGUCAUGCUGGGAGGGGCUUCUCUGUCCAGUACAGUAGCUUUGGCUUUGACAGCACUAUUUAGGAUUCUCAAGUGAAUACGGUAAUCCAGAAAGGAUAACCCCACUGUAGGACUGAAAAACUGGCUACAGCUGCUAUUAAAUAGGCUGAUAUGGGAGAGCAUUGAUUAUCUGGUGCAAGAAUGAGUGAAUGGUGUGUUGUAACACAUUGUGUAACACACAGUGGACAUGAGCCACAUGACAAUGAUGCUGCUAAGUACUGUCGGGAGAAUGGGUUGCAUUAGCAUUGCUACAGUGAGCAGUCCCACUCUGUUUCUUUCCCUUUCUUAAAUAGCGAGGGUAUGUUCAGUAAAUUUUUUGUAUGAAUAUUUGUCAUUUUGAAAUAUCAUUCUUUCAGCCUGGUGUUCUGCCCAUUGUUUGAGGUACGGCUAGGUGACAGAGAGUAAGGACACAUUUUAUGCAUAUUCCCCGUUAUAGAACUAAGGAUUGAAAGAGGCCUUUAAAUGCCAUUGCGUUAACAGUUUUCAGGCUGUGAUUAUUUUAUUAUUAUUAUUUUUUGAUGCAGUUUGACUUUUUGUUACAUUUAAAAAUGUAAAUGAUACAGUUCUAAUCUCACGUCUGACUGCAAAACAUUUGGAUUAUUUAAACAAUAUAAGUAUAAAGUGUUUAUGCUUCUUUGACAUUAGCAUGGAGUCUUCUGCUGUUAUGUCAUUGGCAUUUUUUAUUAAGGUGUUAUAAAUGCUUUAAAUAGAGGUUUGAUUCUGCUCUAUUAUUUUUAUUUGGUUUUCACACACUGAAGCUUGGCUUGUGCCUGACUCUGUCCUGUCUUUGCUCUGGGACUCCUUUCAGUGUUCUUAUAUUUUUUUGUGAAAUUUGUGACAGUGAUGGAAAAAUAUGUUUGACCCAAUCUGAUAUAUAACUAUAUAAAUGAUUAUUUUCAUGGCUGAAUUCACAAUGGAGCUCCAGAUGCAAUACAACAGAGACAAUAUAGAAAUAAUAAUAAAAAUGGAUUUAUUGUAAUGAUUAAAUGGAUGAACAGACUGAUCUUGACAAGAAUCUGUUUGAAGUGUCAUUGUGAUGGUAUGCCAGUGGUGUAGCAUAGUUAGGGUUAAGGAACUGGGCUUCCAACGUCAGGGUUGUAGGUUCGAUUCCCAGGUGGGGCACUGCUGUUGUACCCUUGAGCAGCGUACCUAACUCAAAUUUCCAUAGUAAAUAUCCAGCUCUAUAAAUGGAUUGUAUGUACAAAGAAUGUAUGCUGUUGUAUGUUGUCUGGAUAAAAGUAAAUGCUAAAUAUAAAUGGGUUCUCCGCUGCAGUGGAGAGCGGUGUUUGACACUACCAUUUCUCUUUUCACUCAACAAAAUGACCCAGUUGCACAGAUAGCUUGCAGGAUGUUUUGGUUGAACAUAAAUUCAUUGGCCACUGUCACUCAAUGGAACUGAACUAAAAUGCAACUGAAUUUGAUAAAAGCCCCAUGGUGAUGUUUUCUAAAGUGAGGAUGUGGUCCUUGUUUUAGCUGGGGUUCUGUUUUGUCACACAAUACUCAAGUCUUUAAAGAGAAACUUAACAAAAUGACUUCAUAAACAGCAGAGGGGCAGUUCUAGUUAUCUGCUUCUCCCUGCUUCCUUUUCUGUAAAGGUGCUGUCAUAUAUUUGGGUCUACCACAAGGUGGCAGUAAAGACAGUAGCUCAAAUUUUACAACAGGCUAUUUCAAAUAGAUUAUUUUUUAAAUUAUUAUUAUUUCAAUUACUUCUUCCUGGGGGCUAGAUUAUUUUUUAUAAUGGUGCAUAUGGGCCAAACACUGCAACACACUAUUUACUAUUUAUAAAACAGCAUAUGAAUAAGGCAUUUCAACACACUAUUUACUAUUUAUAUGCAGUCAUUAGUUACUCUGUCACUAGUGGGAGCUGUGUUGACAUUGUGCAAAUACAAAUAUGGACAUGGUCACAAUUUAUUAUACCGCUGAGUAAUUCCUAACCACCUUUCCCCACUAAUUUUGUGCUGCUGCUAACCUGCACUUUGAUAUGUGUGUUAACAUUAUUGGCACCCUCCAAUUAAAUAAACUCCAACACUUAUCACCACAUUUGAUGUUGCAUUCAUCAGCGCAGUGGUACACAGACAUACAGACUAUGGUAAAGCUGGUUUUAUAUUGGACAUUCAACAUUUAUUUGGUUUUAAAAUGUCAAUAGCUUUUGAAUGGCUAUAGCUAUAAUGUUAUAUUCAUACAACAUAUUCAUUCUCUGGGUAAGAACAUGUGUGUAUUCAAUGUUUUCCUUUGUUUUUAAUAUAUUUAAAAUGUUAUCUUUCCCCCAAUAGCUCCUGAAUGACCGCAGGUAAAAUCUUACACAAUGCAUAUUCAUUCUAAGGUGAGGGAGAACUGUGUCGUCCAAUCGUCUUAUUCAUAUUUACCUGCAAUUCUUUUUGUGUUUUCAGUUGAACAUAAAUAUAGGAGUGAAAGCAGCCAGAAUUACACUCCAGCCGUCAAAGAACCAUCUCAAAACUGCGCUGCUAUUGAAUAUGCACUGUAUAGAUAAUUAUUCUCAUCCUACUUUUAUGUUUAAAAGCCGAUUGUAUGUUAUAAAAGAGAUACAUGUAUUGGUAACAGCUUUGCUUGGUAGAACGGCCUAUGUCUGGACAGUAAUUUUACUGCUGAACUGCAGUUGAACAAAAUUUUCAAUAAUUGUCCAACCAUUUGUGUAGACUCCAGUCCAGUUGAUGAAUUCAGAAAAUUAAGCUUUUCAGAUUUUUUAUGAACUUAAUAAUAAUAAUAAUAAUAAUAAUAAUAAUAAAAAAAUUUUAAUAGCAGACCGUCCAUAUAAUAUGCAUGUUUGUGUAAGGUCAUUUAUGUGGAUGCUAAGACCAGGAGUUGGAUUUGGAAAAUGAUGCUUGGAUGUUUUUCUGAUCAACAAAAAAUUCAAUAGCAGUCUAUAUAUGUGAUACACACAUCUACAGAUGCAUUCUAGAAAGGCCUAUAAGUGGGCCCUAGUCCAGGUGUUAGAUUUUGAAAAUAAUGCUUGAAUGAUUUCUAGUAAUUAAAACAAGUUUCUUCAAUAGCUGCCCAUCCAUGUGAUAUACAGAACUAAACCCAUUUGCAUUUUAGAAAGGCAUAUAAGUGGACUCGAGUCCAAGUGUUAGAUUUUGAAUAAAAGCCUCCAAUUAUUAUUAGUGAUUUUUGAAAACACAUUUUCGUCAAUAGCUGUCCAUCCACGUGAAAUACGUAUUUAAAACAACUCUUUUUUCAUUCUAAAAAGGCCAAAAAGUGGGCCCUAGUGCAGGUGUUAGAUUUUGACAAUAAUGCUUGAGUACUUUUUAGUGAUUUGUUUUAAACACGUUUUUUCAAUAGCAGGCCAUCCAUGUGACAUGCUGAUCUAAAACAAAUUGCACUCCAGAAAGGCCAAUUUUUGAAAACAAUGCUUGAAUGAUUUUAUGAAAAGCAAUUUCUUCAAUAGCAGUCCAUCCAUGUGACAUACACAUUCGAAAUUCACGGUUGGAUUGCUGAAUCUUUAUUCAUUUUAUUUAAACUUUAUUUUAACAGGUUAGUUUUACUGACAUUUAAAAUCUCCUUUGCAAGAGAGACAUGUCCAAGAAAAACAGCACAUACAGUUACAGACAAUGAGAACAUAAAACAUAAAAUAUUACAAUUGCAAAAUAUUAUUAAAUUAAAAUUUUUCCUUAUUGCUCCAAGAAUGAAUAUGGAGUUUGGCAAUUUUUUCCAAAUCAAUUUAAGCUGUUGAUAUUCCAGAAGCAAAUGUGUGUCAAAU